AAUGUUUUGUAUUCAGAAAGCUAAUUAAUCAUGGAUUACUGUCCUCCCAACGCAACCCUGUCUGGAGUUCUUCAUGGAGAAGUACACAGAUGCUUUCUUGAUACAGUCACAGAUCCCUUCCUGUUGGUUGUUUCUCUACUGGCAGGGUGUCACCAAUAUAAACUAUAUUCUACCUUCUCUACUCCACUAGACUCUACCAACUUUAAUUCUUCAUAUUUAUUCUAUCUUCAGUUAUUUCUUCAUGGAUUUCUGCCUGUAAUUAAUAUACUGAGUUUUAUUACUGGUAUAUUUGGGUUUAUAUCUCCAGUACACGGUGUUGAUAUACUUAAUAUCAUCACGGGAACUUUACCUUGGUUCUUUACAGGAGUUCUGCUCCAUAUGGAGCGAGGACGGCAGCUUCCAGUAUCUCCAACUAACGGUCAUGGACCAGUUCUACUCAUCUUCUGGACACUAGCAUUCAUGCUAAUAUCCGACUUUGUGGCCUAACCCGUGAACCUUGGUGGGCUGGGUUUUACAGUUGGGCAGAUUAUCUGGACUGUAUUCUGUAUAUAGCAACCUAUCUAACCACAUCUAUACUAUUUAUACUUGGAAUACGGGCUCCAGGUGAUUA